UGGCAGGCGGGUGUUUACUAGAGACGAGCGGCGGCGGUUUUGAAAGAACAUGAAAAACGAUUCUGACUCUGAUCUCGACGAAAAAAUCGAAAUAUUGAAACAGAAAUAUCUACAGAGGAGGAAGCAGGUUCAGGACGCGUCUGAUGAUGAUGAUGAUGAUGAUGAUGAAGGAGCAGGAAUCACCAGAGACGUCUGCAGGCCACGCAGUAGAGCCGACAGCGCUGAAGACGAAGAGGAGCCGAGCGAGGAAGAUGAUGCUCCUGAAGAGACGAACGUGUUCUUCACGGAGACAGACGUGACUCUGCCGUCGGACCUCCGCUCGUCGAGCUCGUCGGCGCUGAACAGGGGGCGGAGCCGCUGCGUGCUGCACGUGUUUCAGGAGAUGAUGCACAUUUAUGAGAAGCUGCAGGCGGAGCGUGUCUCUCAGCAGGCGUGGGCGUCUCAGUUGUGUGAGAGAGAGUGUGAUCUGCAGCAGAGAGAGACUGUUUUCCAGAGCAGUGUUCAGACACUCAGAGUCCAGCAGGAGGAGCUGAGACACCUUCAGAAGCUAAAGCAGCAGUUUCAGCAGGAGAAAAGUGAGCUGGAAGCAGCUCUGAAGCACAAAACCAAAGAGAAUAAGAGGAUGAAGGCUAAUUUUGAUUCCUUGAAGGAAUUAAAUGAUUCUUUGAAGAAACAGCUUAAUGAGGUCAGCGAGCAGAACAGGAAGUUGGAAAGUCAGUCGCGGAAAGUUCAAGCUCGACUGGAGAACCUGCAGAGAAGGUACGAGUCGUUCUCGACGCACAGGAGCCGGGAAACAGCUGCUCCUAAAGCGUGCGACCCCAAACCCAGCAGACCAGAGAAACCUCCCUCAAAUAAAGCGGCCGGCAAGGCCGCCGGGCCGCUGCUGAAGCUGCUGCUGGAUUGGCUGGUGGAGGGUCAGCUGAUGGAGGGCCGACUCGGGCCGAGGCCUUCACCUCACGAGAGAUGCGCCAGGGUUCUGCCGAUGCUGGUGGAGCAGCUUCACGGAGCGACCGAGACGGCUCUAUCUCUGCUGCGCUGCAUCUACUGCUGUCUGCUUCAUCUGGAGCGCGGCUCGCAGCACACGGUCCUGACCUCCACGCUCAGGAGACUCGGUGAGGAGGUGUCUCGAGGAUCUCCGGGCGUCUCGCCGCUCCUCAGGAGCUCCUGUCUCCACACACGAGUCUUGAGCAGCCUCCUCGUCCUCAAGACACUCGCUCAAGUGGACGUUCUGGCUCAGGCUGUGGAGGUUCUGUCCGGCGCGGUCCGGUCCGACGAGGGCCAGGCUCUGUUCCUGGAGUACCAGGCUCUGCCGGUGGUUCUGGCUCUGCUGAGAGCGGGCAGUCCCGGUCUGCUGGCUCCGUCUCUGGACGUCCUGCUGCAGAUGAGCUCAGGAUCACCAGGGUCUCUGCCGGUGUUUCUGGAUCAGUGCAGCUCGGAGGACUUCUUCCGCUGCUCCUCGCUGGUUCUCCGUCAUCCUCGUCUGGAGCCGGCGCCGCUGGAGAAGAUGCUGGUGCUGCUGCAGAAGCUCUCCGGCGUCCGGAAGAACAAGCGUCUGUUCAAAGCGUCGUCGCUGGGUUUGCUGCUGCAGGAGAUGCACAGGACCUCAGACCACACACACACACACACCUUCAUCAGCAUCAACCUCAGCUCCAUCCUGCUCAACCUGGGCAUGCUCUCACACCCCUGACACACACACACACACACAGACACACACACACACACAGACACAGACACAGACACACACACACACACACACACACACACACACACACUCACUCACUCACUCACUCACUCACUCACAC